AACAACUGGCCGGGUCAAACCAAAACCCUCGUCGUCAAGCUGCCCGCGCCUCUGCUGCGCCUGCGCCACCGUUCGUCGACGUCGUCCUCCCCGGCUGCGCGCCUGCGCCGCCGGCCGCCUUCGUACGUCGAGGAGAUGGUGGAGCAUGUCGUUCCUGAAGCCUCUGUUCCGCGCGCCUUCCUCCCUCUCCACUCGCAUCCACAGCCACAGCUUAGCUCAGGUUCUACUCUCAUGCCUCGCCGGCGGCGACCGUCCCCCUCGUGUAGUCCCGGCCAUCCAUGCCCGCGCCACCGUCGCAGGAUGUCUCGACGACCUCUUCCUUGCCAACCUGCUUCUACGUGGCUAUUCCAAGCUUGGCCACCUCCACGACGCUCGCCACCUGUUCGACCGAAUGCACCACCGGAACCUUGUCUCGUGGGGCUCAGCCAUCUCCAUGUACACACAGCACGGGGGUGAUGGUUGUGCAGUUUCCCUCUUCGCAGCCUUCUGGAAGGCCUCUUGCGAGGUGCCCAAUGAAUUCUUGCUUGCCAGUGUCCUACGUGCGUGCACACAGUCUAAGGCUGUUUUGUUUGGUGAGCAAGUGCAUGGCAUUGGUGUCAAGUUGAACCUGGAUGCUAAUGUCUAUGUUGGGACUGCACUCAUCAACUUUUAUGCAAAGCUUGGCCGCAUGGAUGAGGCAAUGUUGAUGUUUCAUGCACUCCCUGUGAAAAGCCCAGUAACUUGGAACACGGUGAUCACAGGGUACGUUCAGAUUGGGUGUGGUGGAGUAGCCCUGGAGCUGUUUGACAUGAUGGGGAUUGAGGGUGUCCGUUCUGAUAGGUUUGUACUAGCAAGUGCUGUCAGUGCUUGCUCUGCACUUGGCUUUCUAGAGGGUGGCAGGCAAAUACAUGGUUAUGCAUAUCGAAUUGCUGCAGAGACGGAUACAUCAGUCACUAAUGUGUUGAUUGAUCUGUAUUGCAAGUGCUCCAGACUGUCACUAGCUCGCAAGCUGUUUAAUUGCAUGGAGUACCGUAAUCUUGUGUCUUGGACAACUAUGAUUGCUGGUUAUAUGCAGAAUUCUUUUGACGCUGAAGCCAUAACCAUGUCCUGGAAUAUGAGUCAGGGUGGCUGGCAGCCAGAUGGUUUUGCCUGUACGAGUAUCUUGAACUCAUGUGGAUCUUUGGCAGCAAUAUGGCAAGGAAAGCAGGUACAUGCACAUGCAAUAAAGGCUGGUCUAGAGUCUGAUGAGUAUGUCAAGAAUGCGCUCAUUGACAUGUAUGCUAAAUGUGAGCAUCUAACUGAAGCAAGAGCAGUAUUUGAUGCCUUGGCAGAAGAUGAUGUAAUUUCAUUCAACGCUAUGAUUGAAGGAUAUGCAAAGCAUGGUUAUCUUGCAGAAGCAAUGAACAUAUUCCGUAGAAUGAGACAUUGCUCAGUAAGGCCAAAUCUGUUGACGUUUGUUUCACUCCUUGGGUUGUCAUCAUCUCAGUUAGCCAUUGAACUGAGCAAGCAGAUUCAUGGUCUUGUCAUCAAAUCGGGAACUUCAUUGGACCUUUUUGCUGCAAGUGCUCUAAUUGAUGUGUAUUCAAAGUGUUCCCUUGUGAAUGAUGCCAAGGCUGUAUUCAAUAUGUUGCACUACAGGGACAUGGUCAUCUGGAAUUCUAUGAUUUUUGGCCAUGCACAUAAUGAGCAAGGGGAAGAAGCCGUAAAACUCUUCAACCAGCUCCUUUUAUCGGGUAUGGCACCUAAUGAGUUCACAUUUGUGGCAUUGGUAACUGUGGCAAGUACGCUAGCAAGCAUGUUCUAUGGCCAGCAGUUUCAUGCCAGAAUCAUCAAAGCAGGUGUUGACAAUGAUCCACAUGUUUCAAAUGCUCUUAUUGACAUGUAUGCAAAGUGUGGCUUCAUUAAGGAGGGGCGGAUGUUGUUUGAAUCAACAUGUGGGAAGGAUGUCAUUUGCUGGAACUCAAUGAUUUCAACUUAUGCACAACAUGGUCAUGCAGAAGAAGCUCUUCAGGUUUUCCGGCUGAUGCGAGAAGCUGGGGUAGAACCAAACUAUGUGACCUUUGUCGGUGUGCUAUCAGCAUGUGCACAUGGAGGUCUUGUGGAUGAAGGAUUACUCCAUUUUAACUCUAUGAAAUCAAAUUAUGAUAUGGAACCAGGCCUUGAGCACUAUGCUUCUAUAGUUAAUCUAUUUGGUCGUUCUGGGAAACUGCAUGCUGCCAAGGAGUUUAUUGAAAGGAUGCCAAUCAAGCCAGCUGCAGCUGUUUGGAGAAGUUUGCUGAGUGCCUGCCAUCUUUUUGGCAAUGCUGAAAUUGGGAAGUAUGCCACUGAAAUGGCACUCUUGGCAGAUCCAACAGAUAGUGGCCCUUAUGUUUUAUUGUCAAAUAUUUAUGCCUCUAAAGGACUGUGGGCUCAUGUGCACAACUUAAGACAGCAAAUGGAUAGUGCUGGCACAGUGAAGGAAACAGGAUAUAGUUGGAUUGAAGUGACAAAGGAAGUUCACACGUUCAUUGCGAGAGGGAGAGAACACCCAGAGGCAGAACUGAUAUAUUCAGUACUGGAUGAGCUGACGAGUCUAAUUAAAAGUUUGGGUUAUGUCCCUGAUACUUCUGGCCACUCUUUGUUAUGUGAGACUUGUUAAUCUGUUCUUUGAGAAGGAUCUGCAAGGUUUGGUAUAUCUGUAAUUAUUUUGUUCUAACUACAUUUCGUUUAUGUAGUCAAAAUCUUGCAAGAACAUUUUUUAUCAGUUUAUCUUUAUUCUGUUACCAGUCCAAUUCUUUGGUUACUAUCACAUAAUUAUCAUUGAUACCUCAAGCAUUCCAACUGUGUCCCUGAUAGUGGACAGCAACGAUGGUUCUUCAGAUCCACUUUCAUCAUUGUCUUACCUUUAACUUGUCUGUGCUGCACAGUAUAUGUCAUCGAGCAAAACUUU